AUGAGUGAAAAGGGCAAUUACCUUUUGGCAGUAAUCAAAACAAAAGAAAUUUAUGACACAUUAGCUGAGAGCUUAUCAAAUAUUAUUGAGGAAAUGGAACAAACAAAAAGCAUUAAUGUUGAUGGCACAACAUAUGAUCUAGAGUAUUUUCUGGGUGGUGACUGGAAAUUUUUGGCAUGUGUCUGUGGAAUUGGUGGUGCAAAUGCUAAUUAUGCAUGCAUAUGGUGUACAUGUCCCAAAAUUGAAAGGCAUAACAUGGAAAAAUCAUGGUCCAUUUUGGAUCCUGGACAUGUACACCAUAUGCAUUUUGGAGCAAGGUCUUUAGAAAAAAUUGAAAAAUUUUCUAAGACAAAGAAGUAUAAUUGUAAUCAUGCACCCUUAUUCUCAUUUAUUCCAAUAAGUCGUGAUGUUAUCAUAGAUACACUUCACCUCUAUCUAAGAAUAACAGAUAAUCUUAUAAAGCUACUUAUUAGGGAGCUGAAAAGAGCUGAUGCAAUUGAAAGGAAGAAGCUAUUCACAGACAAUUUUCCUAGGGACAAGUAUAAGCACAUGGCUGAAUAUGAAAAGUAA